AGCCUGUAAGGGAGGAGGCCAGUCCUCCAGAGCCAAGGAGCCCACCCUCUUCCUUCUCCACUGGUGCCUGGCCUGCCUGCCUUCCUCUCUUCCAGGCUCAGCGUUUUGGAGUACACCCUUUGCUGGAGUUAUUUGCUCUGAGACAGAAGAGGACGGACGAGUACUUUGCAUCCCAUAGUCUAUUUCGAAAGAUGGACAACCCUGGCUCAGCCAGAUGUGAAGCAGGAGGAGGCCCCGAUGCCAUGACAAUUGAGGGCAGUGGGACAGUACAGGAAAGAACCACGGAGACAUUCCAGAGUGUGGACAUGGCCAACUCGGACAUCCAGCGUCAGAGAUUCAGGCAGUUCCCCUAUCAGGUGGGCAAGGGUCCUCAAGAGAUCUGCAGGGGCCUCCAUGCUUUGUGCCAACAGUGGCUGAAACCAAAAGAACGGAGCAAACAGCAAAUGGUGGACCUGGUGAUCCUGGAGCAGUUCCUAAGCAUCCUGCCCCCAGAUAUGGCAUCCUGGGUCAGGGAAUGUGGGGCAGAGACCUGUUCCCAGGCGGUGGCCUUGGCGGAAGGGCUCCUCCUGAGUCAGGCAGAGGACAAGAAGCUGGAAGGACAGGCCAAAGAUUUCUAUAUGGAAGUUCAGUUGAAUCUCCCUGUGUCAGAGGAAUCGUCAUCAGAGAUAACCCAGAGCACUCAAUGGAGGGAACUCAAGCAGGAGAGAGACAGCGCUGCGGCCUUGCAGGGGGCUGAAACAACACCAUUAAGUCCCCAGUCGCUUCCUUCAAAUUGCGGUGGAGUGGAACCAAUUGAGAGUCCAGUGAGAUUUGAGGACGUGGCCAUCCAUUUCUCCUCUGAGGAAUGGGCUUUAUUGGACGCUGAUCAGAGAGCCCUGCAUGCGCAGAUCAUGGAAGAGACCUGUGGAAUAGUAGCCUCACUUGCAGAUAACUGGAGUGAGAGCUUUGUCUGCACCAAGUGUGGGAAGUGCUUUCGGCACAAAUGGGAACUGACCAGACACCAGCAAGCCCACCUAGAAGAGGAAAAUUCCACCAGUGAGAAAGCCUUCAAGUGCGACACAUGUGGGAAAGGAUUUGCCACAAAUACGGCCCUUGUGCUUCACAAGAAACUUUGUGCUGGAAAAAAUGGUGACGCCUUUGGUUCUGAUUCCAAAUUAUCCCAUUUAAGCCAUCAGACAGACAGAAAAGGAAAGAAAACACACAAAUGCCAAGAGUGUGGGAAAUACUUCGCUGGCAGGACAAUAUUGUUGGUUCACCAGAGAGUCCACACUGGAGAGAAACCGUUCAAAUGCCCGGAGUGUGGGAAAUGUUUUUCUGCGAGUUCAAACCUUGUUACGCACCAGAGGCUCCACACGGGGGAGAAACCAUACAGGUGCCGGGAGUGCGGGAAAUGCUGCACUCGGAAGUCAGAACUGGUAAUCCACGAGAGGGUCCACACCGGAGAGAAGCCAUUCAAGUGCCAGGAGUGUGGGAAAUGCUUCUCUCAAAACUCAACCCUUGCGACGCACUGGAGGGUCCACACGGAAGAAAAACCUUACAAAUGCCAGGAAUGCGGCAAAUGGUUCGCUCACAAGUCGUCGCUUCUGGUCCACCAAAGAAUCCACACAGGAGAGAAACCCUACAAAUGCAAGGAAUGUGGGAAAAGCUUUGUCCACAGUUCACAUCUCGUGACCCAUCAGACGCUCCACACAGGUGAGAAACCCUACAAAUGCCAAGAGUGUGGGAAAUGCUUUGCUCACACGUCGCACCUUGUGACCCACCAGACCCUCCACACGGGAGAAAAACCAUAUGAAUGCCUGGAAUGUGGGAAGUGUUUCGCAACAAAUUCAAGCCUGGGUAGCCACAUUAGAGUCCACACAGGAGAGAAACCAUACAAAUGCCAGGACUGUGGGAAAACCUUUGCAUACAGUUCACACCUUAUGACCCACCAGACACUCCACACAGGAGAGAAACCGUACAAGUGCCUGGAGUGUGGGAAAAGCUUUUCGACAAACUCAAGCCUUGUGAGCCACCAGAGAGUCCAUACAAGAGAAAAACCCUACAAGUGCCAGGAGUGUGGGAAAUGUUUCUCUACCAGUUCAAACCUUGGGACUCAUCACCGACUCCACACAGGAGAGAAACCAUACAGAUGCCAGGAAUGCGGGAAAUGUUGCACUCGGAAGUCAGAACUUGUAGUCCAUCAGAGAGUCCACACAGGAGAGAAACCAUAUACAUGCCAGGAGUGUGGGAAGAGCUUCUCUCAAAAUUCAACCCUUGUAGCCCACUGGAGAGUACACACAACAGAGAAACCCCACAAAUGCCAGACGUGUGGCAAAUGUUUUGCUCGGAGUUCGUACCUUGUGAAGCACAAAAGACUCCACUCUGGAGAGAAACCAUACAAGUGCCAAGAGUGUGAGAAAUGUUUCGCUCACAGUUCACACCUUGUGACCCACCAGACCCUCCACACUGGAUUAAAACCCUAUAAAUGCCAGGAGUGCGGGAAAUCUUUUUCCGGGAACGCCCAACUUGUGGUUCACCAGAGAGUCCACACGGGUGAGAAACCAUAUGGGUGCCAGGAGUGUGGGAAAUCUUUUUCUACCAGUUCAAACCUUGUGAGCCACCGAAGACUUCACACCGGAGAGAAACCAUACGAAUGCCAGGAGUGUGGAAAAUGCUUUUCAUGGAAUAUCCAACUUGUGAACCAUCAAAAGGACCACACAGAAAUGGGAGAAAGAAAUGUCCAGAUUUGUUUGUCAGGAAAGGAGACUCAAGGAUUGGGUGGCAAGGGGAAGAAGGAAGGGGCUGCCUUGCCUGGAGCCUGGCAGGGCUUCAGUCACGUGAUAGGAAGUCAGAUGGGGCUAAUUGAGGGAGAAAAGGAAUGGGAUAGGAUGCAGGAACAAGGCAGAGCUGCUGCAAAUAGGCAAGGAUGGAAACCACAAGGAGACCAGGAACCGGUGGACUUUGGUGGCAUGGUUAUAUAUUUCACACAAGAAGAAUGGGACCUGCUGAAUCCGGACCAGAGAUCUUUGUAUGAAGAGGUUAUGAUGGAAAUCUACGGGAUGGUGUCCUCUCUCGACAAUCAGAGAGGAGCAACCAUAUGUGCCAUGUGUUGGAGGUGUUUCUUGCAGAGAUUGGAUCCUUCCACACGCCAGAGAAUCCACAUCAAGGAUACCAAGGAGCAGCCCUAUAAAUGCGCAGUGUGUGGGGAAGGUUUGGCCCCCCCAAAAUUGCUACACAACUAUGGAAAAGAUCCCUUUGCGCGUGAACUGCCUGAGGAAAGUGUUACUUAUGAAUUUCAUGCCGUGAUGGACAAAGAGCGGAAAAACACAGGAGAUAAAUCACACCAAGGAAAACAGGAACGUUGGGUUGAUUUGGUCCAGGAUCAAUGUAUUGCAAACGAUGAGACAACUCACUCAAGAGAGAAGCUCAAUCAGUGUCAGUUGUGUGGCAAAUCUUUUGCUCAGAAAUCAGAUCUCGCAAAGCAUCGGAGAACCCACACGGGAGAGAAGCCGUACCAAUGCCAGGCGUGUGGAAAGUGUUUUGCGUCCAGUUCCCAGAAGGUGAGUCACCAGAGAAUCCACACCGGAGAGAAACCGUACAAGUGCCAGGAGUGCGGGAAAGGCUUUACUCAGAAUUCAACUCUUACGAUCCACCAGAGAGUCCACACGGGAGAGAAGCCGUACCAAUGCACGGAAUGUGAGAGACGUUUUGCUCAGAGGUCACACCUGAUGGUGCAUCGGAGAAUCCACACCGGAGAGAGACCGUACAAGUGUCGGGAAUGCGGCAAAUAUUUUGCUCAUGCCUCGGAUCUUUCAGCACACCGGAGAGUCCACACCGGAGAGAAACCCUACAAAUGCUCAGAGUGCGGAAAGUGUUUUCCUCAGACAUCAGAUCUUACGACACAUCAAAGAAUCCACACGGGAGAAAAACCGUACAAAUGCCAGGAGUGUGGGAAAGGUUUCACUCAAAAUUCAGCCCUCGUGGUGCACCAGAGAACCCACACAGGAGAAAAACCAUACCAAUGCCACGUGUGUGGGAAAUCUUUUGCUCAGAAUUCCCACCUCGCCAGUCACAAAACGAUCCACACAGGAGAGAAGCCGUACGAAUGCCAGGAAUGUGGCAAAUGUUUUGCUCACAGCUCAGAGCUGGUGACGCAUCAACGGUUCCAUACGGGAGAGAAACCAUACAAGUGUCAGCAGUGUGGGAAAGGUUUCACCCAAAACUCAGCCCUUCUUGUCCAUCAGCGAGUCCAUACGGGAGAGAAACCGUACAAGUGCCAGGAGUGCGGCAAAUGUUUUGCUCAGAAUUCCCAUCUUCGAAAUCACCAGACAGUCCAUACAGGAGAGAAACCUUACAAAUGCCGAGAGUGUGGAAAAGGUUUUGUUUGUAGCACACAGCUUGUGAAUCAUCAAGGACGCCAUACCGGAGAAGAAGCGUUCAAGUGCGAAGUGUGUGGGGAAGGUUUCACUCGCAAAUCACACCUUAUGAGGCAUGAGAAAAUACAUAGGGAAAUAAUGACUCCAGUGCCAGAAGUUCUGGAAAAAAUUUGCUCCCAAGUGACAUCGUAAGAGACAACGGAGUGUAAUCUUCCACAGUGUGAAUAAAGUUUGAGUCACCACUUACAUCUGAUGAUGUACGAGGGUUAAGGA